AUGUCACAAAUUCAAGAUCUUCAAGCACAGAUAGCAAAGUAUGAACAAGCAGCUCAACAAGCAGGGCUACAGACACCUCAAGGACAAGCAUUAUAUCAAAAUGCCUGUAGAAUAAAACAAAAACUUAUGGCUAUUCAAAGUGGAUCAUCAUCAAACACAGGUACUGAGAUGCUUCAGACACAGAGCAUGCGGCAACAAAAUGCACCUGUUAACCAUGGGAUGAAGCAAACACUUGACAUGCAAAGUCAUAUGCAGCAGACGACACAACUUGUAAAGGUGAUAUCGGAACUAAAAGAGCAAUUAUCCAAGAUCAAAGCAGAAUUAUCACGCCCAAACUUAGCACCUAGGGAGAAAGAAGAGCUUGAGAAAGAGCACAAUGACAAAGUUACAGCACUAAACGCUUAUCAUAUGCAUAUUCAAAAAGCAAGUCAUCAAUUUCACCAAAUGCAACAAAUGCAAAAUUCACAGGGGCAGGAAACAGCAAUUCAAAUGGGGAACAUGUAUCAAGGGGCACCAAUGAUGCAGAAGGUUCAACAGAGCCAAGCGGCGAUGAAUAUGACCAUGCAACAACGAGCAUCCAUGCAGCCAAUGAAUCAAAUGCAAAUUCAAGCUCAACAAAUGCAACAGGUAAACAAAAAUCAAGCGUCUGUGACACCUGGGAUGCAACAAUAUCGACAAAGUUCAAUGACUAUUCCAAAAACUUCGUCUAUUCAACAAGCAACAAACCUACCAUUCCAACCGGCAACAGGACAAACCGUCUCAAACACGAAUAUGCAUACUUCUUUUGAGAAAAUGCCACCAAUUCCAGAAGUUUUGAAUGUUAAGCCGCCUGUUCCAGUUGCAGUUCCUCCUUCAAGACCUACAUUAACUUCUGGAUAUGCUACAACGCCUUUGAUGAGUACACCUAGCAUUUCAAAACCGCCGCAAUAUGACAUUGAUAACAGCAAUCGUAUCUUAAGUAAACGGAAACUUCAAGAACUUGUAAAACAGAUCAACCCUGACGAACGACUUGAUCCUGACGUCGAAGAGCUCCUUUUAGAAGUUGCCGACGAGUUUGUAGAAUCAGUAGUUUCUUUUGCUUGCCGACUAGCAAAAUAUCGGAAAUCCGAUACACUAGAUGUUAAAGACGUCCAAUUGCACCUUGAACGCAAUUGGAAUAUUCGCAUCCCAGGAUAUACUAGUGAUGAAAUACGAAGUGUAAGAAAAACUAUUCCGUGUCAAACUUAUCAACAAAAGCAAAAUGCCAUUGCAACAGCUAAAUCAAUGAACAAAGAAUAA